UCGCGCCCGCUCGCGAGCCCCUUGCAAUUACCUGUUUGAGCAGAGCUUAUGCGAGCGAGCUGGCGAGCACAUGCCACGUUGGGAGUGGAGCCAAGACUGAGCAGCGCGUGGAGCAAAGCGAACCGGGCGCACGCGGACACUUUAGAUUCAAUUCACCUGUUCACAUAAGAAAAUAAUAAUAAUAAUAAUAAAAAAAAAGAUCUGAAGUGGUCUCCCGAAAACCUUCGAAUCAGAACCGAGCUGACUGAGGAUCUGUGUGAGAGUCGCCAGGAUGCUGCACUUGUUGUUGUUGUCGCUCCUCUUCCCCGCGGUCCUGUGCCAAGGUUUUAAAACCGUUAUCGGCAUGUACGGGGAAACUGUGGAGAUUCCUUGCAACAUCGGCGACACUAAAGUCGAAGACAUCGCGAUAACUCAAUGGAAAUAUGACAAAGAGCCGACUGUGCGUGGAGAACUGCUGAGCAAGAAUAAAGGCGACGAGGUUGUGAUCACCGCUACAGAUAAAUUCAAGGGCCGUGUCAGCUUAGGGGCCAACUUGAGCCUCUUGCUCUCUGAUGCCAAACUGACCGACCAGCACACCUUCAUCUGCAUGGUGGUUGUUAAAACAAUUUACGAACACUCAGUGAAGCUGGUCAUCCAGAAGUCGCCUGAAGCUCCUUUAAUAACCGAGAAAGCAGAAGCGCUGGAGAUUGGCAAACGCACAAAGCUGGGAACAUGUGUUGCCAAGAACGCUAGUCCAGCUGCAAACAUCAUAUGGCUGAAGAACAACAAACCCCUGUUGUCUGAUGGAAACCGGAUUUUGAUCAACGACACUGUGGUCAAACAGCCUGAGACUGAACUGUUGAACGCGUUAUCCACGCUGCAUUAUUCCGCGGAGAAGGAAGACACAGGCGCCCAGUUCAGCUGCAAGGCCGAGCACCCAAAGGCCAAUAACCUUGUGUCCCCCCCUGAGACCUUCACCAUCACCUGUAAGUCACGCCGGAGACGCUGAGUGUUGAUUGGACAU